AUGGACACAAACCUUGAUCAAGUCGCAGGGCGUCCUCUUCGAUUAGUCAGAUUUGGAGCUGAAGUGGCUGCAAAACCAGUUGCUGUUUCGAAGCUUAAUCGAAUCUGCCUUCAUUCCGAUUCUUACGAUGCCUCCCGAUGCAAACAAAAAUUGGAUUCACCUAUGGCAUGGAUCCGCAAGAUCACUAAAAAAGCAGACAGCUAUUUGAAAGGAAUCAGAGAUCAUGUGAGUUUAGGUUCCAAGAUCUCAGAGACUGCCAAGGGAAAAUUGAGCUUGGGAGCAAAAAUUCUUCAAGCGGGUGGAGUCCAGAGAAUUUUCAGACAAAGUUUCACAGUUGAAAAAGGAGAGAAGCUUCUCCAUGCAUUCCAAUGCUACCUAUCAACAACAGCCGGUCCUAUUGCAGGCCUGCUCUUCGUUUCGAUAAAUAAGAUUGCUUUCUGCAGUGAUCAAUCUAUCAGAAUCACAUCUCCGGAAGGAAGUUUGGUACGAGUUCCCUACAAGGUUUUGAUUCCACUGGGAAAGGUGAAAGGAAUCAGCCUGCACGAGAACUCACACAAGACUAAUCAAAAAUACAUCCAAAUAGUGACCGUUGACGAAUUUGAGUUUUGGUUUAUGGGCUUUCUCUGUUACCAGAGAUCAUUGAAGUAUUUGAGAAGAGCAAUUUCAGCAUCACAACUAGAAGAUUUGCAUUGAAUUCAUGAAUGGAAGUGUUACGGCCCAUGCAGCAAAAGAGAAGCUCAUUGAAUACAAGAGAUACACAAACAAAUUUAGAAAGAAUGAUGUAUAUCAAGAGAAUUGAUUCAGCCAUAGUAAUCGAUUUUUAUUUAAGUCGAGUAUCUUUUAUUUUCACUAGAAUUGAGUCGAGUAUCUUUUAUUUUCAGU